GCUCCCUUCCCACCACAGCUUUCUUUCUCGACUUCUAUUUUCUUUUCACUGGUGCCGCUGUGCACAGCACACUUCUUUGGACCGCAGUUUCCUCAUGGCUGACAGCACGCACACGUACCGGCGCAUCGUGGUGAAGGUGGGCUCUUCCAUCAUUGUGGAGGACCAGAAGAUUGCUUCCUCACGUAUCGCGGAGCUGUGCAAGUUUGUAGCCGAUCUCCACGAAAAGUACCAGGUCAUCAUUGUCACCUCCGGCGCUGUCGCAGCGGGCUACACGGAAAAGCCUCUCGACAAGUCUCUUGUGCCGAACAAGCAGGCGCUGGCCUCGCUCGGUCAGCCGCUGCUCAUGCAUAUGUACUUCACCGAAUUCCAAAAGUUCAACAUCCUGUGCUCGCAGCUGCUGCUAGGCGCCUACGACUUCGACUCGCGGAAGCGCACCAUCAACGCGCGCAACACCAUCGAGGUCCUCCUCGCCAAUAAGGUGGUGCCCAUCAUCAACGAAAACGAUGCGACAGCGCUGCGGGAGCUCGUGUUUGGCGACAACGAUCGCAUGUCGGCUCAUGUUGCUUAUCACUUCGACGCGGACUUGCUGGUGAUUCUGAGUGAUAUCGACGGUUACUACACCGCCAACCCACGGAACUGCAAGGACGCACAGAUCCGACUCGUGGUAAAUCAGCUCUCCCCGGCGGAGCUGCAGGAGGAGGCGACCCCGAAUAAUCAGUUUGCCACCGGCGGCAUCGUGACGAAGCUGCAGGCCGCACAGUUUUUGCUGGAUCACGGUAAGAUGAUGUAUCUCUCCAGCGGUUUUCAUCUCGCGGAGGCACACGAGUUUCUGCUUGACGGAAAGCACUCGUCGGGUACUCUUUUCUGUCCCCUGGCAGCGUCCAACGGACAGAGCUGA